CGGGUGUGUCAUGUGACUCCCCGGCUCGGCCAUGGCGGAAGCGGAGGAGCAGGAAACCGGGUCGCUUGAAGAAUCUACAGAUGAGUCUGAGGAAGAAGAGAGUGAAGAGGAGCCCAAACUGAAGUAUGAAAGGCUCUCCAAUGGGGUAACUGAAAUCCUUCAGAAGGAUGCCGCUAGCUGCAUGACAGUCCACGAUAAGUUCUUGGCACUGGGCACACAUUAUGGCAAGGUUUAUUUACUGGAUGUCCAGGGAAACAUCACUCAGAAGUUUGAUAUAAGUCCUGUGAAGAUAAAUCAGAUUAGCCUGGAUGAAAGUGGCGAACACAUGGGCGUGUGUUCAGAGGAUGGCAAGGUGCAGGUGUUUGGACUGUAUUCUGGAGAAGAAUUUCAUGAGACUUUUGACUGUCCCAUUAAAAUCAUUGCCGUGCAUCCGCACUUCGUGAGAUCCAGCUGCAAGCAGUUUGUGACCGGAGGGAAGAAGUUGCUGCUGUUUGAGCGGUCUUGGAUGAGCAGAUGGAAGUCUUCAGUUCUGCACGAAGGAGAAGGGAACAUAAGGAGUGUGAAGUGGAGGGGCCAUCUGAUUGCCUGGGCCAAUAAUAUGGGUGUGAAGAUUUUUGACAUCACCUCAAAGCAAAGAAUCACCAAUGUGCCCCGGGAUGAUAUAAGUCUUCGCCCCGAUAUGUACCCCUGUAGCCUCUGCUGGAAGGACAAUGUGACACUGAUCAUUGGCUGGGGCACCUCUGUCAAGAUAUGCUCGGUGAAGGAACGGCAUGCCAGUGAAAUGAGGGACUUGCCGAGCCGAUACGUUGAAAUAGUGUCUCAGUUUGAAACUGAAUUCUACACCAGUGGACUGGCACCUCUCUGUGACCAGCUUGUUGUACUUUCCUAUGUAAAGGAGGUUUCCGAAAAAACGGAAAGAGAAUACUGCGCCAGGCCCAGACUGGAUAUCAUCCAGCCGCUUUCUGAGACUUGUGAAGAGAUCUCUUCUGAUGCCCUGACUGUGAGGGGCUUUCAGGAAAAUGAAUGUAGAGAUUAUCACUUAGAAUACUCGGAAGGGGAGUCACUCUUUUACAUUGUGAGUCCAAGAGAUGUUGUCGUAGCCAAGGAACGAGACCAAGAUGACCACAUCGACUGGCUCCUUGAAAAGAAGAAAUAUGAAGUAGUCUUGCUUUUACUUCAAAGUAUUGACACGUCGGAAGCUCUGAUGGCAGCUGAAAUUAGCCAAAAGAACAUUAAAAGACAUAAGAUUCUGGACAUCGGCUUGGCAUAUAUAAACCACCUGGUGGAGAAAGGAGAGUACGACAUAGCGGCACGCAAAUGCCAGAAAAUUCUUGGGAAAAAUGCAGCACUCUGGGAAUAUGAAGUUUAUAAAUUUAAAGAAAUUGGACAGCUUAAGGCUAUUAGUCCUUAUUUGCCAAGAGGGGAUCCAGUUCUGAAACCACUCAUCUAUGAAAUGAUCUUGCAUGAAUUUUUGGAAAGUGAUUAUGAGGGUUUUGCCACACUGAUCCGAGAAUGGCCGGGAGAUCUGUACAACAAUUCAGUAAUAGUUCAAGCGGUUCGGGAUCAUCUGAAGAAAGACAGUCAGAACAGAACGUUACUUAAAACCCUGGCAGAACUGUACACCUAUGACAAAAACUACGGCAAUGCUCUGGAAAUAUACUUAACGUUAAGACAUAAGGAUGUUUUCCAGUUGAUCCACAAGCAUAAUCUUUUCAGUUCUAUCAAGGAUAAAAUUGUUUUAUUAAUGGAUUUUGAUUCUGAGAAAGCUGUUGACAUGCUUCUGGACAACGAAGAUAAAAUUUCAAUUACAAAGGUAGUGGAAGAAUUAGAAGACAGACCAGAGUUGCAGCACGUGUAUCUGCAUAAGCUUUUCAAAAGAGACCAUCAUAAGGGGCAGCGCUACCACGAGAAGCAGAUCAGCCUUUAUGCUGAAUUCGACCGACCCAACUUGCUUCCAUUUCUCCGAGACAGUAUCCACUGCCCCCUUGAAAAGGCUCUUGAGAUCUGUCAACAGAGAAACUUUGUAGCAGAGACCGUUUAUCUUCUGAGCCGAAUGGGUAAUAGCCGAAGUGCCCUGAAGAUGAUCAUGGAGGAAUUACAUGACGUUGAUAAAGCAAUUGAAUUUGCCAAGGAGCAGGAUGACGGUGAACUCUGGGAAGAUCUGAUUUUAUAUUCCAUCGACAAACCACCCUUUAUCACCGGCUUGUUAAACAAUAUCGGCACGCAUGUUGACCCAAUUCUACUGAUUCACCGUAUUAAGGAAGGAAUGGAGAUUCCUAAUUUGAGAGACUCCUUGGUUAAAAUUCUGCAAGACUACAAUCUGCAAAUUCUGCUUCGCGAAGGCUGCAAGAAGAUUCUCGUAGCUGACUCUUUGUCCUUACUAAAGAAGAUGCACCGAACUCAAAUGAAAGGCAUUCUGGUUGAUGAGGAGAACAUCUGUGAGUCCUGUCUUUCCCCUAUUCUUCCAUCAGACGCAGCUAAGCCCUUCAGCGCGGUGGUCUUCCACUGCCGCCAUAUGUUCCACAAGGAGUGCCUGCCUAUGACCAGCAUGUGCAUUUUCAGAACUCUCCUGUGCAGUUCUGUAACACCUGCAGUGCUAACCACCGGGGACCAGGAAGUGCCAUGUUGGACAUGAAGAAAUAGCCCAGUUCUGUUGGCCAGCCUCUUCCUCGCCGCUCUCUGAAGACCAUUUUUGCAGCAACAGAAGCUUUUGUUGACCCCAGUUCUGUUAAGAGACUUGUACAGGUGUAUGUCAUGCUUAAGAAAAGCUUCUUCCCCUUCUCCCAUUUACUAGAUGUUUCUCUUUGCAGUUGAUAAAGUUAGGGUUUUUUCCCUGUCCAUGCCUGGAUGGGGGUUCACAGUCACUAUAUCAUCAUUUAUUUGUUUGACUCAUUAUUUAGGAAUGGAAACCUAAGACCUGGAGUUGGAAGUGACUUUUUAGGUCCUAGAAAAACUGUCCUGAGAGUUGUCCCCAGCUGGCCGAGUGCAUCAUCACCGUGGCCAUCCAGCAGCUCUUCGGACCUUGUUUCCAUAUGCUCUGCCAGCAACAACUCUCAAAUUCUGGGUUCGGCUUUUUUUUUUAAAUAUGUCAUCAGCUGUUAUCUUCUUAAUAGGCAUUGAAUGAUACGUUGUGCCUGUUGUCACUGACUCACUCAGUGAUGUCUGGGAAUAACAAGAGCAGUGUGACGCUACGCAGUUUUAUGUUGACUAACGACACGUUCUCUUUGUCCCGAUGACCAGCAGUGUCUGGCCCUGGCAGGCAUUCCGUGUUUGUUGAUUGAAUAAACAUUAGCUCUUCCCACUGUGAAAGGCUCACUUUUCCUGGGUUGCACAACUUUAAUCAAGCAUUCUGGCACCCUCUAAGGAAUGCAAGAGAGUUUCAGCACCUAGAGCAUGAGGGAGUGUGGGUAGGUUUUCCUAGCAGGGAGGAAAAGGGUAACACUGUAGAAUCUGAGAGGGAUGCUCGGGGAAAGGGGACUGCGUGAUGCCAGAGGAUGGACACAGCGACGUUUCCUGGAACAUUCUCUGGAGCCUCCUUUGCCCUCGUAGAACGUAGCAUGGAAUAGAGGGAGAGAACUCAAACUUGUGCCCAAGACUCAUAGUUAUCGGUUUCAUCUCCUUGGGAUACACUGCCAUCCUCUAACCAGUGAAAAGCACCUACUUGCUGUCCCCGCUCUCUUUGUCCCAUAAAAGGGAAUAAAUGCAGCUUUCUGCAUCUAUCUUUUUGGGGAGAGGGAAGGAUGCGAAAUGGCUACCAAGCACACCAUUAAACUUGGCUGUCAUUCCCGUGAGGAGCAUCUCAUUUCAUUCUCACGGGACCCCCGGGAAGAAGACAUUAUAUCCCCAGUUUUACUGACAAAGCAACCAAAAUGCAGAGAAGUUAUCACAGUCUCCAAGGUGACUGCCUGACUUUAGAACAGGGCUCUGUGCUAAGAAAUCACAUGGCCAAGUUCACAGGAAAUGCACAGUACAUCUCUUCGCACUGGAGUUAAAAAGAAUAUUGAGUAGAAGACAACAGACUUUUUCGGUCACUCUUAAAUAUUUAGAAUCGGAAAGUCUUUGUUGUUAUUGUCAGCCCUCUCAGAAUUUUUGUAUUCCAAGACUAGGGAUCUUUCUGCUACGCUGCUAGUUUUUAGUUUUUGUCUUUGUUUUAACGAGAGAAACUCUUCCUUCACAAAAAUACCUUACGAAUGAGCCCAAUUUGAAACACAGCUAAAAAGCAAACCUACUUCACUUGUAUUGGAGAAGAGGAACGUAGUUGCAGACUUCAUAUUUUGUACCCUCUCCUUAAAAAUAGCCAUUCUCUGAGUGUGAAACUGCCAAGUUCAAAGUUAUUUUGUGAAAACAGUUUUAAAGGAUUUUACACUGUUUAAGUAUGUCCAU